CCGGGGCUGGAGCCGCGCAGGGCAGCGGGGAGCGAGGAACGGGGAGCGGAGCUGCCCGAGCGGGGCGGCUGCGGGCGGGAAGGGGCCGCGCUGCCCCUGCGCCUGAGCCGGAGCAUCCCAAGCCGGAGCAUCCCGGCGGCGUCAGCCGUCUACUUUUCGAGGGAGGUCGACACUCGUGCCCCUGCCCUCAGCGGUGCGCGUGGUUCGCGCUCUCGGUGCCCGCGGAGCCUCGGCGAGCGCGGCUGCCCGGCGCUGUGGCUCGCACGUUCCCGCGGCGCCGGGGCCGCUCGCUGCCGCUGUCCGGCGCCGAGGGUGCCGCGCCGGCUGAGGCGGGUCCCGGCGGGUCCCCGGCGGGUUUGGGAGGCUGCUGUGCGCCCUGGAACAGCUCCCGCCGCGCCUCGCCCGUGCUGCUGCUCCGAGGGAGCAUCUCCAGCGGCUUGCCUGUCCUGUGCUGUACCCAAGGGCAUUUGAUUUUCACAAGCGGCGUUUAACCGAGGGGCUUUUCUCAGCAUGCAGUCCCUUUAGAUUUGGGCGUGAACACCAACCACAUCCUCUGCAUUGGACAUUUAGCGUCAAUUUCCAUACCUUCUUCCUGCUUUUCUGAAGGAUAAAAUCUUAAAUUGUCCUGGGCUUGAGCAGUAAAGGAUAAAUUCAUUCACUGGCUGACUUGCCAUCUCACCGUUGUGAUGGAAAAAUGUUCACUUAAAAUAAGCCCUUUUCAUGCCACUAAAACUGCCUUCAAAUACAAGAUCUGUUGUGAUUUUUAAAACACAAACCCAGUAUGUCAGAACCCGACCCUUCAUCUGGAUUUGUGGGAAACAUGGAAAAUGGGACUUUUCUGGAGCUGUAUCCCACAUCCCUUUCAACUUCAGUGGAUUCAUCGCCUGGCCGUUUAUCCAACGUCUAUGUCUAUGUUUCUAUAUUCCUUAGUCUCUUAGCUUUUCUCCUUUUGCUACUGAUCAUUGCACUCCAGAGGCUGAAAAACAUAAUUUCUUCCAGUUCCUCCUACCCUGAGUACAACAGUGAUGCUGGAAGUUCGUUCACUAAUUUAGAGGUUUGCAGUAUUUCUUCCCAGCGCUCUGCUCUCUCAAACCUUUCUUCAUGAAAACAAAUGAAAGGAAACCCAUGGGGAAUGGAAGAGCUUUGUUUUCUUUCUUGGGGAGGUAGUGCAUGUAACAUUUGCCUUAGAAGACUAUCAUCAAGAGGUGUUUUUAAAAGUUUCCUUAUUUUUUCUUUUCCUCUCCUUUUCUAGUUUUCAUUUCUUCUUUAACUAAUUUUAAUUUUGGACAAUGGAUAAUGAAUGAUACCUGAUCAUCAUUUCUUGCCUGUAAUAGUGAUGCUGUGUCUUUCUCACACAUAGACGGUGUUCCUGCCAAAUAGUAAUACACUUCUAACCGGAUGUGUUAUUUUUCUGCUUUAAUUGUGACCCCUUCCCUGGUCUUGUGUCAGCAAUAUGCUGACUGUUUUUCUUUUCCUUUUUUAAUUAUAUAAGGACUUCUGGAUGAAAUCCCUAUUGCAAAAGUACAAAAAAACUGCUUAAAUUCUAAAUACUGGGACAAUUUAAAGUUGUUGAUAUUGUUUCCCUUUUUUUUAGUUUUCACAUAUUUUUCAGUGUCUAUUGAUGUUUAUAAAACACAACUAAUUCUUGAAGAAUGUUGCUUUUGUUUAUUUGUACUCCCAACUCAUUCUGUAUAAACUCUGUAUUUCAGUUUUUGAGUCUCUUUGGUUAACUUAGUAAAGCAACUACAAUAACAAUG